GGCUUUCAGUUCACCACCUUAAUUAGAGGAAAUUCCCAGUUAUUUUUAAUGCACAAUUUAUCAACAAAAUAUUAAUUUCCUUUUCCAAUUUCUCUGUCAAGGCGUUUUGAUUAUCCUAUUUCAGUGUUCCUUAAUUCUGAAAUUCAACAUUGUUCAAUGCAUACUCUGUUGAUCUGAGCACUGAAACACCCUUGAAAACCUAUUUAGCUCUCUUUCUUUCUUUUUAGCUUUACAAAUUCUUUGAAAAUCUUUUAUUUAGUUCCUUUUCAGUGGAGAAUUUCAUCAAACGGCCCCUCGAAAAAAUUGCUUUACGUAGAGAGGAGGUUUUCAGAGCUGAAGACUGAUAUAUCAUAUAUCUGAAAAUGGAGUGCAAUAAAGAUGAAGCUGUCAGGGCUAAAGGAAUUGCAGAGAAUAAGCUACUAGAGAGAGAUAUUGCUGGAGCUAAAAUGUUCGGUUUAAAGGCUCAAAGCCUCUUCCCUGAGCUUGAUGGUCUGUCUCAGUUCCUUGAGAUCAUUGAUGUCUAUGUAGCCCAUGAGAAGAAAAUAAAUGGAGUAUCAGACUAUUAUGGCAUUUUUGGGUUAGAUCCAUUUUGUGAUGAAGAGAUUUUAAGGAAACAAUACAAAAGAAUGGCACUCUUUCUUCAUCCUGAUAAAAACAAGUCUGUUGGGGCUGAGGGAGCAUUCCAAAUAAUGUCUGAGGCAUGGAGUGUAUUGUCAGAUAAAGAUAAGAGAAGUGAAUAUGACCUGAAAGUGAACCUACGAUCUUCAAAUCAGACUGCCAGCUUCAAUACAUCAAAUGUAAAGUAUACAACUCCUGCUACUGAUCCACAGCGGGCAGCUACUAGAUCAAAUUUUCAGCAGUCACCAGUAACAUCCAUGCAGUUCCAGACCAUAUAUGAUCCUCUGCUUCCAAGAAAUACAGCCCCACCCUCUGGGAAUCAUAGUCAGAUUCACAAGUUUCGAAAAAAUCCACUCCCAGCCUUUGCUGCUCAGUAUAUUCCUACUCCAAGCCCACCCUUCCAUAAUUCAAAUGUUCCUUCCAGAAACCAGAUGACCUCCAGCUCUUGCUCGUUUAGACCAGACACAUUUUGGACAUUGUGCAAUAGGUGCAAUGUACAGUAUGAGUACAAGAACAUAUAUCUGAAUCAAACUCUUCUUUGUCGUCGCUGUCAGCGGCCCUUUUUGGCGAAAGCUAUAUCUGAUCCACCAGUACAUAACCGCAGUUCACACCCUCGCCCCUUCCCAAAUCAACAACAACAAGAAAUGCCCACUGCUGCACCACCAUCAGCUUCAAGAUCCUCUCAUGCUCCUUUGUCCCAUGCAUCUAAGAAGUAUGCGAAAAGAAGGCAUGAAGUGCCAAUAAACAUGGGGAGGGAAAAUGACCCUCCUAUGAACUAUAGCUGCAGUGUGCCAGAAAAUGUGGAAACAGCUUCAGCUUCUUAUACUGCUUCUCCUGGAGUAAACAAAGAGAGGCCAGUCAAAAGGAGACGUUUAGAUGGCCAAAAGUGUGAUGGUAGCAAGGAAGGAAGCCAAGGGACAGCAGGAAGUGGGGUAUAUAUGAAGAAGGCUUCUGCAGAUGUGAAGGGGAAAUUUGGGGCUGAGCAGUCCAGAAGUGUGGAGUUAUCUCAGAGAAACAUACGUGCUAUGCUCAUAGGGAAGGCUAAGGCAGAGAUCCGCCGCCAGCUAAAUGAAUGGGAGAAACAAAAACUGACCGCUUCACUUUUGAAUGGACAGGAUACGAGCAAUAUCGUGCAUGCUUUGAGCAACAAUUCCAUAAAUAAUCCACAGACAAAAAAUCAACUGAAGUUGGGGCCUUCGGAAUCAUCCACUUUCAAAGAGACUGUUGCGGAUGCAAAUUCUGAUGAUUUUGUGUCAAUGAGUGUUCCAGAUGCGAAUUUCCACAAUUUUGACGAGGACAGGAUAGAGAACUCAUUCAGUAAUAACCAGGUAUGGGCUGCAUAUGAUGAUGAUGAUGGCAUGCCUCGUUAUUAUGCUAUGGUUCACCAUGUCAUAUCCAGGAGCCCAUUCAAGAUGCAAAUCAGCUGGUUGAAUUCUAAAUCCUGUUCUGAAUUUGGAUCCCUUGACUGGGUAGCUUCUGGCUUCACCAAGACUACUGGGAAUUUUAGGGCUGGUAAGUAUGUAGUCAGUGAAAGAUUAAACUCUUUCUCUCAUCCUGUUAAGUGGGUAAAGGGAUUAAGAGGAGUGAUCCAUAUUUUGCCAACAAAGGGGGAUGUUUGGGCAUUGUACAGGAACUGGGCUGCUGAUUGGGAUGAGAACACAGCAGAUGAAACAAUACAUAAAUAUAAUCUGGUAGUGGUACUUCGAGACUAUAAUGAAGAUACAGGUGUUUUAGUUGCUCCUCUUAUUAAAGUGGCUGGCUUCACUUCAGUGUUUAACCAGCUUCCAGACCAGAGAGGGAUCCAGAUCAUUCCAAGGGAAGAGAUGUUUAGAUUCUCUCAUCAGGUCCCUUUUCACUUACUGAAUGGUCUAGAAGCUGAAAAUGCUCCUAAGAAUUGCUAUGAACUGGAUCCUGCUGCUCUCCCUUUGGAACUUCUAAAGACGAUUACGAUUACAGAUGCUCAAUCAGCCGAGAGAAUAGUUGCUGAUCUUGGGAUGCUUAGAGCAACAGGCCUUGGUAACGAGAUGGUGACAGAAUCAUGUCCAACAAAAGCCCAUACAAAUCAGAGAAGCGGUGUUGAAGAUCCCAAGUAUAUUUUUACAUAUAGUAGGAGAAACAAAGGAAAGAAGAUAGGAGGGGAUGUUGGUCAACCGUGACAGUUAACACCUUGGAUAAAUUUUAGAGGGUACAGUAUGGCUGCAGCUAAUAAUAUGGGAAGUUUGCUGAUGUGAUCAGGACUUAAUGGACUAGGCAGCAGUAAAUUACUUGAAAGUAAUUGGAGAAGAGCAUAACUCGAGUUUUGUAAGGUUAACCAGAAACUUGACUACAUCCUAUAGUGAAGGAAGUGAUGAUGAUAUGCAGAUAUGGAGCUCUUCGAGUAUGGCUCUGUGGAUGAAGUACAGUUGUUGGUUUGCAGUCAGCAGGGGUCUAUGAGUUAAUGCAAUGAUACAGGAUGAAUUUGAUUAUUUGUUAGAAAACAUCUAGAACCAGUUUUGUUGACUAUAAUAGACGGACCAGUUUACAGAAAUCAAUUGAAACUUGAGGUAUAUAUAAAGGAGCUGGGGUUUAUGAUUCAAAAGUUUCCACAUAUAAUUUUAACUCAGUUCAAACGUGGGGUGAGUCAGAAGGUCCUCCAGAUUCUCCUGGUCACAUAUGUCCAACUUGCUAGGCGAAGAUCUCUGAGUGCUUGGAUGGUGAUCCGUUAAUUGUUCAUCUGCCUCGCUGAUUGCUGCCCCAUGUGGACGCUAUUCUAUAAUGGUAACGAGUAAUUUAACGAUCUUUUUCCUGUUACACUUUGACCCGGAUGCUUUUUCGUUGUCUAUUAUAUAAUUUAACUUCAUUUAGGUUGCUAUUCUAGCAUUGUAAUGAAUUGUUGCCCCUUUUGCUCUUUGAUCCCAUCAUCCCAAUGAUAUUGGCUGUGUAUUACAAAUAAACUUCAUUAUGGUCAUCUAACCAUUCUAGUCGACAUUCCUGAGUGAAACUUCGUCUCAUACAAAUUUUGACUGAUGAAUCAUUUCCAUGCAAAGGGCUGAAACAGUUAUGUCACAAAAUGCUCAGAUUGAUUUGAGCUUCUUAGCGUGAGGAAAAAUGGAUCCCUUAUAUUGCAGCAAAACCUGGUUGCCACUAUGGACCCAUCUAGACAUUGUGCAACUCCUCCUAGAUCUACAUUUGCAUGCACUUUUUCCUAACGACCGCUACUUGCAUAGCCAUAGUUAAAAUUGCCUCCAAAUUAGGAACAAACUCCAGCAGUUGGGUGGAGAAAUGUAAUAUUUUCUUGCGAAAGAAGCCUUUUCUUGUGUGCAGCCUUACCUGAAUAUACUGAGCACCCUGAUAAAUCAUUUCUUAAUGCAUUGGGUAGACGAACUAUAAUCCUUUCAUGUUUUAAACCAUCCUCUCUCAUAAUAUCAUUUUUUUUUAUGUGAUAUGUUUGGUGCGUGUAUUCUGCAUAUGUAUCUUUUUCUUUAACGCUCUCUCUCUCUCUCUCUCAUGUGUUUUUUAGUAAUACUAUUUUUCUAUUAAACAACACAUGGCAAGUUAUUUUGUUUCUACGAGAGUGUUUCAACCACAUAGCAAGAAUAUAUUGUAUCAAUGUACAUAAAUACUUGCAUGAAUUGAAGUUUAUAUUAUCUGUCUAAUCAAUAUAUGAUAAAAAUAUUUAAGUUGGUUGAGAUAAUUCUUUUAUUUGAUUAUAUAUAUGUCAUGAGAAAUUUUCAUUUCGGAAUAUUAUCACUAUGUUUCUCAAGGUCAUUAUGUAAUUACCUUUGCCUAACGAAAAAUUAAAAUUUAAGUUAUAAAUAUGUAAAGUAGAGUUUAGUGUUAAUUAUUUAAGUAAAUAUAUGUAUAUCAAAUCAACUAAUCCUAUAAUUUCUUGUAAGUUAAUGACAUUAUAGACUAUAGUUGAGUCUUAAAGGCCGUGAUGAGGUCAAGUGAGAACAAUAAGUAUAAACAUAAGGAGUAAAGGCACUCAGAACGAGUGUACGAGGGAUUGAGAGUAUAACGGGGUGAAGUUCAUGUAAUCUGAAUUGCCAAUUAUUUAUUAUUAUUAUUAUUAUUAUUAUUAUUAUUAUUAUUAUUAUUAUUAUUAUUUAUUUAUUUAUUUAUUUAUUUAUUUAUUUUCUGAAAAACUCAUGUUUCUCUUUGCCAAAAUUAAAAAGUCGUUACAAAAAACAUCAAAAUUCAUGAUUUAUUUGUAAUUAACUCAAAAUAAAAAUGUGCUUAUAAGAAAUUAGUUCUUCAAUAUAGUUUGAUAUGCUGAAAUAAGUAAAUGAAACUGAACGGAACCGAAUGGGCUACCCCUUCAUACUCUCAUGAGGACUUGCUCUAAUAAUCGGCUACCAAAAGAAGUUUCUUUCAGUCAGGGCUUUUCUGCUUAAUCAGUGUUGACAGUUCUUCAAGACGGUAUCUUGGUAAGUAUUUCUUGCUUUUUGUUGCUUGUUUAUUGCUGGAGAUGAUAAAGUAGUUUUUCUGCAGGUUUCUUGAUACAGGAAAUCUAGACUUUUCUAUUUGAUAUAACAGCAAAGUCGAACGUACUAAUGUAACAAUAUUCUAGACUUUCCUAUUUGAUAUUAGCCAGUUCAAAGUUUGACAGGGGGGGGGGGGGGGUGAUAUUAGCCUACAUUCUUCAAAGUCCUAUAUAUUGUCAAGAGGUUUUUUGUCUUCACACCAUGGUAAUAUGAGAAUGUCACUCCAAAAACGAGUGAUGAUGAAAUGGGGUGCAAGAGAAAUGAUUCAAGAGUAAAAUGAUUGAAAAACUCAGCAAUAGGAUAUCUUGAAAAGUUAUAAUGAACUCAGCUUCCCAUUAGCUGCAUCAGGUAACUUUGUGAGUUACCGGAUCUGAAAUGUCUUCAACUUUUAGUUUCUUUCAAUUCCUGCAAAAUCGACUUAUGUUACUUUACCGGUUAUCAGGACUAAUAAUAUUAUUUGAUUAGGUUGUUAUGGAGGAUAAGGUGCUCUAUUCCUUCCAUGCUUUUAGGUAUGCAAUAUAGCAUUUUUUUCGAGUUUUCCGAGAAAGUGGUGAAGUUGGAUAUAAUGAAGGUUGGUUCUUGAUUUAUUCAGUUGACACCAAUGUCCAGGUAGCUUUUUGUGUUGCUGAGGUUGUUUGUAUUAGGAGACUGUAUGAGAUUCUCUUCAUCUCAUAGUGCAGAUUAUUUCUGUAUUUCUUUACUCGGCUUUGAUGGUUUGGGUAAUGAUGUUAAAUUGUAUGCGUGAAUGCUUAUUUCUUCAUAUCAAAUCUCAAGGGCUUGCUUCA